AUGAGCGACAUUCUCAAUCUUUCCACCCAAGAGUCCCGGCUCGCACAGCGGAAAGCCCCCUCCUCAACCGGGCCAACCCUCCCACCGCCAGAAUCACUCCUCGCCGCCGAAGCAUCGCUCCCAAACCCCCAAUCCGCGACCUACCUCCAAGGACAGUCCUCCUCCUCCACAGCCGCCCACAUCAUCAGGGACAUUGUGCCCGCGCUGACCGGGCAAGCCCACUCCUCCCGAUACUACGGCUUCGUCACGGGCGGGGUGCUCCCCAUCGCAGAAUGGGCAGACAAUGUCGUUUCCCACACAGAUCAAAACGUGCAGGUUCACUUACCGGGGCAGACGGUCGCCACGGCCGUGGAAGACGCGGCGCUGGAGAUGCUCGUGCGGUUGCUGAGGUUGGAUAUGGUGACGUGGGCGGGGCGGACGUUCACGACGGGUGCUACGGGGAGUAAUAUACUUGGAUUGGCGUGCGGGCGAGAAGUCAUUGUGAAUAAGAGGCUUGAUGGGGAGGGAGUCGGCGAGCUGGGGUUGCUGACGGCGUGUAUGAGGGCUGGUGUGAAGGAGAUUCAGGUGCUCACGAGUGCUGGGCAUAGCUCGCUUUCUAAGGCGGCGAGUGUAGUUGGUCUGGGGAGACGAAGUGUGAAGGAGUUGGGGUUGAGUGAGGACCAGCCGUGGAGGUUGGAUAUUGAUGCUGUGGAAGAAGCUUUGAAGAAGGAUGGCACGGCGAGCAUCAUUGCCAUUAGUGCGGGGGAUGUGAAUACCGGGGGGUAUGCGUUGGAGGGCAUUGAGGAGUGGAAGAGGGUAAGAGAACUGGCUGAUAAGUAUGGGGCGUGGAUUCACGUCGACGGAGCUAUGGGCGUAUUCGCGAGAGCUCUCGGCGAUGAACCGCAGUAUCAACUGCUCAAGCAACGAACAGAGGGCAUACAUCUAGCGGAUAGUAUUACUCUCGACGGCCACAAACUCCUCAACGUGCCCUACGACUGUGGCAUAUUCUUCACCCGCGCCGCAUCAACCCUCUCCUCCGUCUUCGUGAACCCCAAUGCCGCAUACCUUGCCUCUUCAUCAGCGGCAACCAUCCCCUCCCCUUUGAACAUUGGCCUCGAAAAUUCCCGCCGUUUUCGCGCGUUGCCCGCAUAUGCUGUCCUCCUCAGCGAGGGUCGUCCCGGUAUUGCUACGCUGUUGUCCAAUAUGAUAGAGUUGUGUCGCAAACUGGCCGUGUAUCUGCGCGACUCGCCACACUAUGAACUCCUUCCUGAUGGGGGUGCGCCGUUGGAAGGCAUCUUUAUGAUUUUGCUCUUCAGAGCAAAGAAGCAGGCCGUGAAUGAGACUUUGGUCGAGAGGAUUAACCAAACGAGAGACAUGUACGUCUCUGGGACAAAGUGGAAGGGCGAAAAGGCCGUUCGGAUAGCCGUUUCGAAUUGGAAAGUCGAUAUCGAGAGGGACUUUGGAGUUGUGACACGGAUAUUGGAUGCCGUGGCUGACGGCACUGCGGACUGCUAA